AUGGCGUCGGGGUUCUACGGCUGGCUGUGGCUCUAUGAGCGGCAGUGUGCUUGGGAUCGAGUCAUGGCCGGCGGCCAGGGGGUUUCGACGAUGCGACAGGUGGUCCUAAACAAGGGUUGCUUCCAAAACAAUUUAGGCAGCGGGUUUUACAGGCUAUUUUCUGAUAGGCUUGGAUUGCUAAUGGGAUUAUGGUUGAAAGCAAGCCUGUUGGAUGGGUCUAACGGGCUUUCUUCGUGGAAUAACACCCGAUACAAAUGUUGUAACUGGCAAGACGUAAAGUGUGAUAAAGCGACUGGGCAUGUUAUCGGGCUUGAUCUCAGAAAUCGAGUUCUAGAUAAUUAUGGGGACCCGAGCUCUGAUAGCAUGUUACAAAGUGAAACACUUGAUUCUUCCUUGCUUGAAAUGAAGCAUUUCAAGUACAUUGACUUGAGUGGGAAUAAUUUCAAGGACAGCUCGAUUCCAUCAUUCCUAGGAUCAUUAAACAAACUGCAAUAUCUCAAUCUCUCAAAUGCAGGCUUUGGAUGUGUUAUCCCUCACCAGCUCGGCAACCUCUCAACCUUGUGUUCACUUAAUCUUGGUGGACUGUUAUCUUCUCUAAGAGUCGACAAUUUCAUAUGGGCUGCUAAUCUUUCAUUGCUGGAGUCCCUUGAUAUGUGUCAUGUCAACCUUAGCACCACAAAUGAUCACCUUGCGACGUUUCCUAAACAACUUGGUGAACUGAAGCAGCUAAAGGAGUUAGAUUUGUCUGAUAACAAGUUGACUGGUCCAUUCCCAAUAAAUUUAUCAAGAUGCUGGAGCCACAACAUGGAGAACCUAGAGUUGUGGAGUAAUAAUUUUUACGGGCAGUUGCUUGAAGAACUUGGCAAACUGAAGCAGUUAAAAUGGUUAGAUUUGUCUAGUAACAAGUUGUCUGGUCCAAUUCCAACUAUUGUGGGGCAACUUUCCGAUUUGGAGUGGAUUGACAUAUAUGGUAAUACCUUUGAAGGUACGCUCAUAGAGGCCCACUUUGAGAAGCUAUUCAAACUUAAAGGAUUUAGGACUGGGUCUAACAUGUUAACAUUCAAAGUGGGAGAUGAUUGGACCCCUCAUUUUCAACUAAAAUCCCUUUAUAUGUCAUCCACUGAUAUCGGAGGCCAAUUUCCACAGUGGCUUUAA